UAUCAAUAUUUAAUACAGUGGUGUCGGUUUUGCUGUAAGAUGAGAGGAACUACUAGAAACCUUGAAUUAUACAUUGUGUGGCUGGGGGAAGCUGGAGAGAGUUUUCUUUUGGACCCAAAGCUACUUGGACUUGAUUUCCAGGACCUGCAGCUUGAAAUCCUAAUAAUGGAUGAGCACCAGAUGAAACUCAAUGAGUGGCAUGAGGGAAGUCCCCGCAAAGUGAGGUUCAAAAUAUCGUCAUCUUACAGUGGCCGAGUGUUAAAGCAAGUCUACGAAGACGGGCAGGAACUCGAGCCCCCAGUCAAAGAGCACUCUCGGCGUUUUCUCCGCCACAGCUUCGAGCCAGACGACCAUUUCUGUGGGGCCAUGGAAACGCCAGAAAACGGGUUUUACUUGCCAGCCAAGCUGACUGCCCAUCGGAUCAGCAUAUUCAAAGAGGAUAAGAAAUACAGUCUCACCAGUAACUCGCCUCUCCUCAACGACUACCAGCCAAGCGACAGCCACUGCCGGGCUUCCCCAAUUCUAGAUUUUGGCAAGAUUGUCAUCUACACUAAUAACCUGAAAAUCAUCCGCGCACCGAUGGACCAGAAAGAGCUCAUGAGAAGAAUCAUCCAGACGGAGGGGAAAAGUGACUGGGCCUUUGUAUACCGGGAAAGGAAAGAAAGACUUGGUGGUGGACAUAAAAAAGAUGUGGAGAAAAAGGUCGCGUGCAACCAAUAUGUGGAGGAAGGAGGUGCUGAACACGGUUGCUCCCAGUGUAAAGGGUCGGGCUCCGCUCCUUGCUCGCUGUGCCACGGAAGCAAGUUUUCAAUGCUGGCAAACAGAUUCAGAGAGUCCUACAGGGCUCUGCGAUGCCCGGCUUGCAACGAAAGGGGCCUGCAGCCCUGCCAGAUCUGCGCUGCCUGAGCAGCACUGCCGCCCCUGCAGCAGGCUACAAGCACCACAGCGACGUUUUGUUGAAAACUUUGUUUAACCUUCAAGCAGCCUCGCUAUCAUGACAAGUUUCUGAAAGAUGGGAAAGGCCCGUUAUAGACAUCCCACCAUAAAUGUGAACACCGCACCUCUGGUAACGCCUGUCCCUCUUGUCUGCUAUUUCCAACCAGCCCAGACCCCAGGGCCCGCCGGGCCGGCGCACCCCCCGACGCGAGAGGAGAUUGCCAGCGUUCGGAAGUUAAGCACCUGCACAAAUGCCUCCGACACCCGGAACCCGACCUAAAUUUGCUGUCCCUCAGGCAGGCAGUCGGUGCCCGUCCCCGCCGGGCCCCGUCCCACCAGGCGCUGCAGGAGCAUCGCGAACAGCAGCAGAAGCAGGCGCAGUUCGGGCACGUCGGUAACGUCCCAGGGUGUGAAGUCUGUUUGUACGGCAACAGCAGAGCGGUGCCUCCUCUAGGUUUCAACUUGCUGAAUGUUUUAAAAUUACACCGUCUUUUGUAGUUAACAACCGUGUACUUGCCCUGCAGUGUCACGAGCAUUUCCCAAAGAUUUUGCCGAUUCUUACAUCUGCUUUAGCAGACACGAUGAUUCCUUUGGGGUCUGAUUUCUGGGAAGAAAUUGAAAACCCUUCCCAAACCUGGAGCUAUUAAAAAUGUACAAGAAUAUAAUAUUGUAAAUAGAAGUUAUUAAGUUUUUAGCCUACUUAUGAGGAAGUGCUGAACUAAAAUUCCCCUGUACGAUGCUCAGCACUUUUCAGGAUCAGGCUGGUGGUGAGCAGGACUUCUGUUGCAUAAUAUUAAUCCCAUGUUGUAAUCUGCAGAAGGUAAACUCUAAUUAGUUGAGGUGAAGCAAUGAUGUGGGAUACUUUGCAGGCUGCCACUGGCGGCACAGACCACAGGGGCUUCAAGAGGUUGAGGCAAACAAGGGAAAUGCUAUUUUUUCCCCAAAGCAUUAAUUUAUUACAUUUUAUAUUAAUAAGUGAUGUUAAUGCAGCCUUAACUCUCAUAUUACGUCUGAGACUCUGAUGAGUUAGGAGACUGCUCUCAUGUACUUCAUGCUGAGGUUGUAAGCCUAGACAGGGUAAUUUAUGGCCAACUUUCUAUUUUCCAAUGGUAGGUUAUAAGAUUUCUCUGCAAUACUUAAAUGAUUAGAAAUAAUGCCGUUUUAGCUCUUAGACUUCCGUAUGUCUCCUACUGAAAUUGUUCAGUAAUGAGGGUUUAUUUUUCAAGAAAAGUGCAUAAAUCUAUAUCAGAUACUUGAUUGCAUUCAUUUAUCAUAUCAGGAUCUGCAAUACGAAGAAAUGUAGUCCUUGGGGUAUUCACUGGAGGCAGAUGAGACCUCACAAUUCAAACUGUUGUCAGGUGGAUUUUGACCUGUUUGAUUUCAUAGUUUGUUGGGCUUGUUUAAAAGUUUGCCGACCUAAGAAAAAAGCAACCAGGCGAAAUUGUUGCUUGAUAGUUUAAUGUUUACAAUAAAAUAGAUGCAAAUA